GAAUGUGUGUAUGAGUGUGUGUGUCAUGUGAAGUUAAGUGCUCUGCCUAAUGGCAAAAAGGUCAACCACUUAAGCAGCAUUGCCAAUCCUAACCUCCAAAAUCCAACCCCAAAGCUUCCCAUAAACAUUCCUUCCACUAAACCCCAGCACUUUCAAGAGUUGCCUUUCAGAUAAAACUCUGAUGGAAUGUGAUUUUUCCAGGCCUGGACAGCUUCAAUAAAGAUGAUAAAGAUAACUUGGAAUGGGAGAGCUCCUUUGGGUUGCUGAGCUGGGAAAAAUUGGCAACAUGCACUUAAAAUCUGCCUUAGGUGUGCAUAAAUCCCUUUUGUGAGUUGGCUUGAGAGAGUUCCAUUUUACACAGAGAGUGUGGGUUCUUUGGCUGUGCUCUGUUUAGUCUAUGUUGUGCUCAACAUGCUACCAUCACAGGUUUUUGUGUCAACCUGUAAGCGCAAGAGAGGACCAAACUGGAGUGAGAAAGAGAAGCAAGUUUUAGUUGACGAGUACAGACGACAUCGCCACGUCUUACGACCCAAAGGCCCCGCCCAAUCCUCUGUGGUUGAACGUGAGAAGGCGUGGGAUGAGAUAUGUGCAGCUCUGAAGGUGGUCAGCGGACCGUAUAUCAAGAGAGAUGUAGUGGAUGUGAGGAAGAAGUGGGAUAACCUCUGCUUCUGGGCCAAGAAAUGCAUUGCAGAAUGGAAAGACAAAAACGACAUCCAUGCGGAAGGUGGACUGCAAGCUGCAAUGAGUGGCGAGAAUUCACCCCCAACCCUAGCACUGAAGAUACUAGCCAUCUACCAAGAAGAAUGGAUAGAUCUAUUCCCCAAUGCACAGGUGGUAGACGGGGGCGACGUCUUCUUUGUCUUCAACAAUCAAAACGAUAACAAGAAUACACCAAAGGGUCCACCAGACAACUCAGUAUUCACCAUUGAUAAUGGAGGAGGUAAAGCCAAGAUGGGAGGAGGUGGUGGUGAAGAUAUUUAUGAAGUAGUAGAUUGUGAUGAAGAGAUCACUGAAGUCAAAGCAGAAACAUCACCUGGUCCAGGUCUCCAGGAAGAUUUAGAAGCAGGCUGGCAACCUGAAGCAGUUCCUGAAGACAAUCACAGCUACCAAGACACCGAUUUGGAAACCCCCAAGAACCAACAAAAGAAACCUCCAAACACCAGCUCCCUCCCGCAUCGUUUCAUGCAGCGUAAAUACACCACACAAAUCUCUUCGCCACCUCGCAACAACUCUACCAGUCUUCCUAUCUCUGCGUCCUCCCUGUCUCCCACGGUGACAUCAACUCCGCAUCCGAUACCAACAUCAUCGUCCGUAGGACACCAAUUCAUGCCUUACCACCUUCACUCAUCCAUUCCAUCAUCAAUGAUCGUCAAUCAACCACUCAAUACCACUAACAUUCCUCUGUCUUCCUCGCCGUUGUCUAAGCGCAUGCGCUACUCUCAGCUCGCUGCCGAUGAUGGUCACCACAGCGACAUGGACGACGAAAAGGACAUUGAGCAACUCAGCAAGGAGCUCCUGAUUUUGAGGAAGGAGAAACUGGUGCUUGAGAAGCAGAAGUUGGAGAUUGAGAAAGAGAAGUUGGUGAUUGAGCGUGACAUCUUAGACAUGCAGAGAGAACGUCAGUGGCUUGAGCUUGAGAAGGAUCGUUUGGCCAAUGGUCAAAUUAACUAGAGACUUCACAGUACUACUUUUAACAUGACAGGAUGCAAACUGAAAAUAAGAUUUGGAAAAAGCUACUUACUUUUGGAAGACUAUGAUUUCUAGAUCUUUGUAGCAAAGUGACCAAAGAUACUUGCCAUUUUGUUUUCAAUCAUUUUUGUUCACCAUAGAGCAAAGUAAUAUGCCUUAGCCCACGAUUUGUGUUAGUUUUGUAUGAAAGUUUUUAUUCAUUCUUUGGUAUGUUUAUUUUUAAAACUACAUUCUGUAGUUUGUUAAUGUUUUGUUUUAUCAUGUUACAUACAUCUCGGCUGAAGAAAAACAGCAAGAUAUACAAAGGUUUCAUUUUGUUUUAUUUUU